UUCCAGCUACCUUCUCAUCAUCUCGCGGAUUCCUCGCGUCUUCUUCUUAGCUUCUUUGUAUCCGAGAAUUAGGGUUAGGGUUUCUGGGAAUCUUUGGAUUGAGCUGUCUGGCUUGUGGAUUUCGAUGGUUAGGAUGCCGAAUACGGGGGAGAUGAGGCCGGAAUCACUAUCGGUCGUGAAGGCGAUGGGGGCGAAGCCGAUGGCGGUGAAGAUGGAGGUGGAGGACCAUUUGGAGGAGGAGCAUGGACCUCUUAGCAAGAGAUCUAAGCUCGUUGGGGCUUCCCGGCAGUGGAGUGAAGGUGCUGCUGAUAAUGUCCCAUCAGAGGCCGUGUCCUAUAAUGUACUCAAUGAGCCUAGUCCAUUAGGAUUACGUUUGAGAAAAAGCCCUUCUUUACUGGAUCUGAUUCAAAUGAGACUUUCUCAAGCGAAUUCUACGGCUUCGACAUGCAUUUCAAGUUGUGCGAGUCUUGAAUCUGGGAAAAAGAAGGACCUUAAGUCUACUGCUGCAUCAGCUAUUACUGACAAGUUGAAGGCUUCAAACUUUCCUGCUUCUUUGUUGAGGAUCGGGAGUUGGGAGUGUGUUUCAAGAUAUGAAGGUGAUUUAGUAGCAAAGUGCUAUUACGCAAAACACAAACUUGUUUGGGAAGUUCUGGAAGGUGGUCUAAAGAGCAAGAUUGAAAUUCAGUGGUCAGAUAUAACAGCUCUGAAAGCAUCUUGUCCUGACAAUGGGACUGGCACUUUGGAUGUUGUGCUGGCUAGGCAACCUCUCUUUUUCAGAGAGACGAACCCCCAACCCAGGAAACAUACCUUGUGGCAGGCUACUUCAGAUUUUACUGGUGGACAAGCAAGUAUACAUAGGAGGCAUUUUCUACAGUGUCCGCAAGGCCUGCUUGGCAAACAUUUUGAAAAGCUUAUCCAAUGUGAUCCUCGAUUGUACUCACUGAGCCAAAAGGCUGAAAUUACCAUUGAAUCUCCUUAUUUUGAACCUCGGUGUUCCGUUUUCGAGGAUCCAGAUGACAGUAAACGUCAUUCUUUUGAUAAUAUGGAUGAUGAUGUCAAGCCCACCUUCUCAGGAUUCCACGAACCUGGAUCCCCUUCUGAUGCACCAUCAACGUCAAAUAAGAGCAAAUCAAGGGAUCUAUCUGUUAGAGCACCUGACCGUGAGGCAAGAGAAACUCCUUCACCUAGCUCAGUGAUGGAUACUCGGGCAAUCGAAGAUAAUGCUUGUAGUGAACCAGAUGACUUAAAGGAUCGGUUCCGGUGGGACCAGCUGAAAGUCCCAGGAUUAAAUCCAUCCAUGUCCAUGAGGGAUUUAGCAAAUCACUUGGAGCAGUGCAUUUCUGAGCAGAUGAUUUCAGGUGACCCGGGAAUUAGCUUGCCAAGCAAAGGCAUGCUGGAAGAGUUAACCCAAUAUCUUCUUAGCGACACCCAGGGUUCUUCCGCCUCUGAUGAACUCUCGCUCAUGUCGAGGGUCAAUUCUCUUUGUUGUCUGCUUCAGAAGGAUGGUCCCACGGCUCAAAAUUUUCAGACAAGCGGCGGCAGCCACGAAUCCUUGGAUGAGGAUGGACCACAUGCAACUCCACAGGCUGAAAGAUCUGAAGCCAAGCAACAAAGUAUAUCAAGAAAAGAGUCUUUUGGAGAUUUAUUACUGCAUCUUCCUCGGAUUGCAUCAAUGCCGCAGUUCUUAUUCAAUAUAUCCGAAGAAGACUGAGAAUCAAGCCCAAUAGCUUGACUUCUGUUUCCAUGUUGAGUUUUACAAAACAGAUCAAUGUUCUGUCUGUCAAUGAUUGUAUCGAAGUCCUAUUAUUACUGAUCGGUAUAUGUAUAUAUGUAGAUUUACAAAAUGGCUGUUUUGAAGGACCAAUAUGGCCCACCUCAAGCUCAUUCAUGGUUUUGUUGCGUUGCUGAUGUUGUUCUGUGUGUAUAUAUGUAGAUUUGUUACUCUAAAAAAGCAGUCAGUUGGAGUC